AUGUCCUCAGGCUGGUCAAACAACACCAACAACGGCUGGGGAAGCAGCAGUCGCGGACACGAAGAGUUCAACGAGCGGCUGCUGGAGCGGCAGAAUGAUGAUGCGUUGCACUCGCUGCAUGGGAAGAUCUCGGCUUUGAAGAAUGUUACGAUAGAUAUGCAUGAUGAUGUGAAUACGCAGAACGAAUUGUUGAGCAAGAUGGGCAUGAACUUCGAUAAUGCGAAAGACCAGCUCAGCGGCAGCAUGCGCCGGCUCAAACUGAUGAUCAACACCAAGCACGGGAAAAACACAUGGACGAUCGUCGGCGUCAUCCUUGUGUUGUGCUUUCUUGUGUGGUUAUGGUCUAAACGAUCAUGA